GCUGAAUAAGAUCAUAUGGCAGGGAGAAGACGGCGACGAGACCAAGAAAUGGGUCGGGAACUGGUUCCACCCGUACAUCGCCGACUGCGAUGUGUACGGUCAUUGCGGCGCGUUUGGGAUAUGCAAUCCGUACGGUGAGCAAUCCGGGUUUUUCUGUCGGUGCGUUCCCGGUUUUGAACCGAAGGUGGCCCUCGAAUGGAACCGGAGCGACGGGAGCCAUGGCUGCCGGAGACCGGCCGGCCGGGACCUACUCUGCCGUCACGGUGAGGGUUUUUUGAAGCUGGAGAACGCCAAGAUUCCAGAUACGGAAAUGGCGCAGGUGAAUAAAAGCAUUGGGUUGGAUGAGUGCGAGAAUCUGUGCCUGAGGAACUGUUCGUGCAGCGGAUAUGCUCAAGCUAACAUUAGGGAUGGGACGGGAUGUAUCACUUGGUACGGUGAGUUAGUUGACAUGAGGGAGUUCACCAAUGGAGGCCAAGACCUGUAUAUUCGUGUCGCCGCACCCUAUGCAGGUAGCCAAGAUCAAUAUGGAAAGAAAGCUAAAGGGCAUCGCUGGGAAAAGGUCAUAAUCAUUGUGGUUGUGCCUCUUAUUGGUGCAUUCAUCAUUGUUCUCUUUUGUUUGACAUUGAUAAGGAUAAAAGCAGGCAAGAAACCACUGAACUGUAAAGGCAUAAAGUUUUGUGAAAAAGGGUCUGCAAUGGGGAAGUUUGGGGAUGAAACCUCAGAUGUGUUAGCAUUUGAGCUCAACACUAUUGAAGCUGCCACUAAUACCUUUGCUGCUGAAAACAAAAUUGGAGAAGGUGGAUUUGGUUUUGUUUAUAAGGGCACGCUAGCAAAUGGAGAACUAGCCUAAUUGCAGUCAAACGGCUCACUAAAACUUCAAGUCAGGGAGUAGAAGAAUUCAAGAAUGAAGUUAUACUCAUUGCAAGACUACAACAUAGAAAUCUUGUGAAACUUUUAGGAUAUUGCAUUCAACAAGGAGAAAAGAUGUUGGUGUAUGAGUACUUGCCUCAUAAAGGUCUCGACAAUUUCAUUUUCGGUGAUAUGCAUUGCAUACAUUUGGAUUGGAGAAAGCGCUUCGAAAUUAUUUCAGGAGUUGCACAAGGAUUAUUAUAUCUUCAUCAUGAUUCUAGAUUGAGAAUCAUUCAUAGAGACUUAAAAGCUAGCAAUGUCUUGUUAGAUGCAUCUAUGCAUCCAAAAAUAUCAGAUUUCGGAAUGGCUAGAAUUUUUGAAGAGGAACAAGUUGAAGCCAAUACAAAUAGGGUUGUGGGUGCAUAUGGAUAUAUGGCACCAGAAUAUGCAAUGGCUGGGCAGUUCUCUAUAAAGUCUGAUGUAUUUAGUUUUGGUGUUCUAUUGUUGGAGAUUGUGAGUGGAAAGAAAAACAAAUAUAAGUUCAAAGAGAAUUCUGUCAACUUAAUAGGAGAUGUAUGGGAUUUUUGGAAUGAAGAUAGAGCUUUGGAUGUUGUCGACCCACGGUUAGAUAGGCUAUUAAAUGAUGAUAGGGAAGUUUUGAGGUGCAUCCAUGUUGGAUUGUUAUGUGUCCAGCCAUAUCCAGAUGAUAGACCAAACAUGUCAGAUGUGAUUUUCAUGCUAAGUAAUGAAACCGAACUCUGUCCUCCUAAUAAGUCAGGAUUUGAUUUUCAACCAACUGAAACGUUUGACUUGAAAUCGUCUCCCAUUCAUGGAGAAAAUCAAUCUACUGGUACUAUGUCAGUUACUGCAAUGGAAGGAAGAUAAGCAUAAUACAUAUGUAUACAUACAUAUGUGUGUGCAGUGUGUGUGAGAGAGUUUGUGUGUAUGCAUGCGCGUGUGCGGAUGUGUUUAUACAAUGGCAACUAAGGUAACUCACAAUACAAAGACCUUAUGGAUGAAUGCAAGGCCAUGAAUAUAAUGGCAAGCGUAUAGUUGAUCCCAAAAUUAUGCUACUACAUAGAUGAACUGAUAGCUUAUUUAGUGUUUUUGCGUGAUGUAUUUUGUCUAUUAAUAGCAUUUUUUUAACUUUCGUGUAAUUUCUAGGGAGCUAUAUUUUCUUAUUUGGAGUAUAUCCCCUAUUUUAUGGAUAAAUAUAUAAUACCAAUUUUAUAAAAUGUAUGUAUGUAUAUAACUUAAUGUGAUGCCAAU